AGUACCCUUACACAAAGUAAUACAAGUUAAAACAGCAUAAUAACAUCUUAAUAUUAAUUGAUAUUUAUCAAAAUAUUUUUUUAUCAUUUAGACUUGUAUCCCUGGAUUUGUUAAAAUUUAAAAUGGUGUUUUGUAUAACAAUUUUGCUUGUUUUAUGUGUCUGUGACUGCUCCUUUGCAAAUCAAAAGGCGGAUUUGGUUGAAACAGUGACACAACUUGAACAUUUAGCUAAGACAGUAAAGCAAGAAAUGAUUAAAGUCAGAAAUAAAGUGGAAAACAAUCUUCAAGAUUUGAAAAGUAAAGAAUUUGACUGGCUGCAACAUUACUUUGGACUAAAGAGAAGAAUUCCAAAGGAAAAUAAAGUUUUGAAAGAAGCAGAGAGAAAGGUUGGGGAAAUGAUUCAUAAACUAAAAGAUGACAGAACGGAUAUUAGACUAAAAGUUCAUAAAUAUAAAGUGCUAAACGGAGACAUCAGUCAUGGUUCAUCGAAAUCCAAAGACGUUUCCUUUCGAUCUAAAGAGCCUUUAAAGACAUAUCUAGAAGGUGGUGAGAAAUUCAUAUUUACAAACACGCCUGUGAACAACGGAAAUACGUAUGAUAACAUCACUGGGGUUUUUAUUGCUCCAGUUACCGGAACUUACUAUUUCGUAUUACAGCUCUGUCUUGGAGGAAAUUAUGUUGAUUUGUCAAUUCGCAAAGGCGAGAAUUUAUAUAGCUGGGCACGUUUCUUCCCAUAUUAUUUGUCGUGUCAGACAGUAGAUAUGUUGACUCCCUUACAAAAAGGCGAUGAAGUGUAUGCUUCCAAGACAUCCUCGUGGGAUUACGAUAUAAUGCAUGUUGGCAAUGAUCUUUACAACACUUUCUCUGGAGUACUUAUUGCUUGAACUAUUCUAAAGUUCCAAAUUAUCAUUAUGUCAUUCCGGGAUACAAGGACUUCCCUCACGUUGUACGUUGUAUUACACAGCCAAUAAACCGGAUUAUACUAAUACAAGCUAAUUUGUAUUAAUUAUACAUGCAUACAAAUUUAAAUGAUAUCGUAGUAUGUAUUUCAAUUUUAAAGUUAGAGUGUUCGUGCCGUUUGAUAUAAUAAAGUAAAUUUGACUUUGUUAUCAAAAGUAUAUUUGAUUAAACAAUAAAAACAGUUGAACCAGAAUAUGACUGACAUUUUUAAUUCAACUGGGAUACCUAUAUUGUCAUCUAGGAUGCUUUUGAAACAUUGAUAAUGGUGAACACUUCAAAGCUAUUAACAGUUUUAAUCAGACAAAUCAUAUACGUAUGUAUUUAAAAAAAUGUUAUACAUGCUAGAAAGAUAUUUCAUGUUUGUGUUUCAUAAAAGGUUUUUUUUUAUUUAAUUAUUGAAAAGGGUAAGGGUAAGCAAUAUCAUUCAGUCAUUAAUUCGUUCAUGCCUCACUUGUUUCAAGCACAACAAUAUCCAUUUUCAGUUGUUGUUGUAAUUUUAUGGGUUACCGGUGACGACCAAAACUGUGACACAAUUAAUUUCUUUUCUUACUUUCUUUUAUUAUUUGAAAAUGUUUUAAUAAAUGAGUUACGAAGAUAAAAUUAUUAACGAAAGUCUUACAGAUUUUAUGUUUAAUAGUUAUUAACUAUAUUUGAAAAGAAAAAUUGAAUGUUAUUCAGUAUUUUUCACGUUUUAUUUGUUGUGAUAUUGAGAGACAUGUGUACUAUACAAUGUAGUUAUCUUCCGCAGUAUAUUUUACUCCAUUCAACGAGUUCAAUAAAUUUAUGAAUAAACAUACACGAGCAUAAUAUUCUAUUUAUCACAUAUUCAAUAGACUAUUUAAAGUGAAAAAGAAUAUUUUUUCUUUGACACGUCUAUUAUGAUACGCUAACAUUUAGUGGAUCUUUACGUUAGUGGGUCUCUACGUUAGUGGAUCUCUUAUAAUUGUAUAAAUAUAUGCACGGUCGUACAAUACCAUUUUUAUGGAGUCGCACAAGCGGCACGGGUAUGUGAUAAAUGUUUUUAAGUUUGGUAUAGUAUCUCUUAAUGUAACAAUUUAUAAACUGUCAUUGAAAAAAAAUAUAAAAGAUAACUAUGUGAUACCGUACCAUGGUUCAUAUGACUUUUAUUUCUUUUUAUUUGUCAUAGAUAUUUUAGCAAACAGGUGUUCUGUCAUAUUCGGUUUCAAUCGAUGAGAGUCUACCAUGAAAUCAAGCUUACUUUUUAAAAACAUAAUAUGCUUAAAGUAUUACAUUUUAUAUACUGUGUAGUGAAAAUAAUCUUAAGUAUAUUUUCAUUUUCUGUACUCUAUAUCUGAUAUUUAUUUUUAUAUAUUGUCGCCAUAUUUACAUCUAUUUUUAAGCAAUAUCUAUUGAGAAUGGAUAUCAUGAAGAUUUUAGCAUUGUUGUUGUUUUAUUGUCACUGCAUUAGAAUGGAAGAUCACCAUGAUGAUUUUGAAGAUCGGAUGCUUAAUGUCCAGCGUCGAAUAAAUGCACUGAAAGAGGAUUUACAGGCUAUAGAGUCUAAUGCUGAAAUGACAGAGACUGACUUAGACGAAAACAAAAAAUCUCUGGAGCAGAUGUUUACCAACUUAAACAACAUAUUUAAGGAAAUCCAGUUUCAAGAUAUAAAAGAUAGAUUUAGUAAGCAUUAUUUGAAAAGAGAGCGAAGAAAGCUUUUUAAACUACUGCAAGAGCCAAAAGAAAUUGAAGCUGGAGAACAAGAAGGUAAAAAACAACAAGACCAAAAAGAUACGACGACGGAUCAAAUGACAGAAGAUGUUGAUCAAGAUUUAAACUCAGCUUUGAAAUUUGAAGAUUUUGGCGUUGUGUUUAGAGCGUCUAAGUUAAUAAAGACAUCUUUCGGAGAAGACACAGAAAACACUCAGAAGGAAACCAUCGUUUUCUCUAACAUAGAAUACAAUAUUGGUGAAGGCUACAACUCAACUACAGGGAUAUUCACAACACCAAGAAAAGGCACAUAUCUGUUUACUGUCCAAGUUUAUAUCAAGUUUCAUUAUCGCAUUGAGGCUGGAAUAUUUGUAAACGGUGAAAAUACCAUCGCAAUAACUUCACUGUCUCCUGGAAAUAACGCAUGCUACAAUUUCGAAGGAAUAACGAACCUGGAAAAGGGAGAUGUGGUACAAGUAACGCAUUUGUAUUCUAAAGGUGAUCGUGGAUUGGAUAAUGUGUUAAACUCAAACUUCUUUUCAGGUGCAAUGAUAAGAUAACUCGAUAUACAUAUCUAACAUUAUAAAAUAUUUGUGUCUUAAAUAUUUUAAUUGUAGUUUUGCCUGCAUAAUACACAGUAUCGUACUCUUUGUACUUGAACUAUAUAUAGCAUUGUUGUAUAAUUUUCUGUCAUUCGAUCUUAUUCACAGGUACGAGUAUAGUUGUAUCGUUCGACUGUACGCAGAUAUUUAAAAAUAUCAGUAAAGCAUUUAGUUUGACAACACCGCCUUGAUUGAUUUUCUACACUCUUGUGGUCACAUUCUUUUAUACGAACAUAAAUAACCAUUCAGCGGUUUCAUACAUUAUUAUGUUUUUAAAUAGG